UCUGUGUGGGAGACAUUUAUCACUGUCUCAAAUGUGCAUAUUAUUCAUUGCUUCUAAGUGAAUAUUAAUCUGGAUUUCCCCUUUCCAGAGCAGUCUUUAGUUACUUCCCAUGCAGAAACAGGAAUUUCCUUGUGGGUCAGGUUUCAGGGUGUUUGUGCUUCUACAUGGACUAUAAGAGGGCAGUCACAAAGCAGGGCAAGGACUCACCAUGUUUUGCUGCAGGAGGCAGCACAGGGAAACUGGAUUUACUUGAAGGUGUACUUCUCUAAUAACCUUCUUCAUCAUGAAGACAUUUUGCUUCAAUUGUGUGUGCAGUGAAAUGCUGCUCAGCAGCAAGCAAACUGAAAGGAAUUAGCUUCAACAUUUUUGCUCUCUUUGUUAUCUGGGUGGAAGAAACAAUCAGGAUGGCUUCUACAAGUAAAAGAAAUUCUGCAGUGAGAAUUCAAAAUACGUUUUGCCCUGAAGGUGGAGUCUGCAAGGACGGAUUCCUCAUCAAAUCACCACCUCCUCAACUUUUCAGCUCACAGAAUUCCUGGAAAAGGCGUCUUUUUGUCCUGUCCAAAUCCAGCACAGGGAAUUACAUCCUGAAGUAUCUAAAAGGCCAACACGUGAAAGGCUCCAUAGCUGUUGAUCAAAUCAUAAGUAUUCAAGUUGGCAUAAGUAAUGCUGAAAUUAUGGAAAUGAUGAGGAAGAUGUUUAAGUGCCUUCCUGAGCAGGUGAUGUCCAUCCGCACUGGAAACAGGCGUUACUACCUCAUUGGGGACAGCAGGCAGGAAAUAGACGACUGGGUCACUCUGAUAUCUUCAGUCUGCAGGGAGGACAAAAGUGGAUGCUGCCCUCAGAACCAAGAUCUUCCAAAUCCAGAAGUCAGAAGCCGGACUUCCUCUUUGCCACUAUUCCUGAGUGUUGUAGAUAUGACCAGCCUUCCUGACAGGCAAAGCUACCAGAAGGAGAAUGGUUCCUCAGAAGAGAAGAACAGGCCUUAUUCAGAUCCUGGCCCCCAUCAGGCUCAGUGUGACUCACCAAGAGGAGUUUUUCCAAGCCUGCAGGAUAAAAUUCUGGGAAGAAGUAAGGAAAACCUGCUGCUGUCAGAUCCAGAGGAAAACAUCAAAAAGGACGAAGAAGAUUAUUACCAAACUCCCAGCAGUGUUUUAGCUAAGUGCACUACUGAAGUAUCAAAGCCUGACCCUGCAGCUGAGUCUGAUGUCCCUGAGCAAGAGAAGCCAGUGCAGAACGGCCCAGUAAAGGAGAACAUUUAUAUGUCAAUGAAAUCACUUAAGCAGCUGGAUGGGACGUGCCAGCUCACGUGCAGACGUGAUGGGCUCCCAUCCCCUCCCAAAUGCCAGAACAACAGUGCAUGUCCAAGAGACUUGGAAACAGACAAAGGUACCAAACUCCCAGAAAGCAGCACCAGCCUGCAGCCAACCCUCCAGAGAAGGCAAAACUCAUUACCCCUCUCAGUGGUUCACUUGUCUAUACUGCUCAGUCAAAUUACAGAUGAGAUGCAGCUGCAGAAAUUGGAUAUUUUCGUACCCCUGGCUGAUAUUAACAAUUACCUAAAACUUACUGAAGCAGCAGGACGAAUAUGCGUUUCACAAUGGGCUGGUCCUCUCAGGCUGGGGUGUUUGUUUAACCAUGGAGACCAUGUGGUGGCUGUGAAUGACCUGCAGCCCCAGGGUGUGGAGGAGGCUUUCUUCUUCAUCAGCAGGUCCACGAGAAAGGAGGUGAAACUUACUGUAUGUAGGAUUCCGCAUUCAGAUAUCUUCCAUGCUAAAGGCUGCUCCUGUUCCUGAAAAAAAAAAAAAGACCUCAAUGAUUAAUGGUGUUCAAAGGCCUGUUUGUGCUGAAUUCUGCAUAAAUACAGAGGGAACUCCCAGUUCUGGAACUACAGAGGCUGAAAAGGGAAGAAAACAUUCCUUGGGAGCUCUGCUCCAACGCUGCCAUGGGAGUCCUUUGCUCUGCACUGCUGCUUUGAGCACAGCAAAUCCAUUUCUGCCUAAGGAGUCCCUGAGGGAUGGGAUGGCUGACUGUCACUGUCCAGGGCUUCUUCCUGCCCUGUAACUCUGUAAAGUCUGCUAGGACAGUCCUCACGGCCUGGAUCCUAAAGCCACAGAUCACCUACUUCAAGAGCAUCCACUUGGGAUGUAGUCCUCAACCUUUCCUGGACAAAGUUUGCCUCAGCUCUUCUGAACUUCGGAAAAGGAAAGUCCAAACUUUUCUGUGUUGUUCCAAGACUCAUAUCUUUAAAGAUCUCUUUAAAAAAUCAGGAAAUUAUUUUCAAGUAUUUAUCCUAGACAACUUUUUCAGAAAAUUAACAUGAUUUUUUUUUCUUGCCCUGUUUUCAGUGGGCAUAGGGAACAUUUGGAUUGCCACUGUCUGCAGAGAAAUCUACAUUAUGGAAGGUAUUUUUUCUACCUAUUCUCCCUUCUCUUAGACCAAACAUCCUGCAUUCUUCCAUCAUUUUUUCAAACAGUUCCUGAAAAUGGUAAUGCGAGACAAAUAACUUGUGUUUCCAGUUAUAGAUGAAUGAAGGAGGUGAGAAAUUGAAAUUUAAAUAAUUCAAUUCAAAUUGAAUUCAAAGAGUUCAAAUUCUUUAAUUCUUUUUGAAUUUCAUCAAAAAGCCAUGAAGCUAUUUUCUAGAACUUCAUAAAGAAACAUUUCUCCAAAGAGGUGAAUUAGUGAGGAAGAUCCCCCAUGGUGGUGAAACCUGCUGCUGAAGCAGAUGUUGAGCACUGCACACUGCACCUCUCAGCCAUGGAAGAAUGUUACUUUUGGACAAAACCAGGAUUUGGUUAGAUAUAUCAUGUACUGAACAAUUCCAGAAUAUUUUAGAGAACUGGGGGAUUAUUUCUGUACUUCAGUAAACAGUUACAGAUGUGUUACUCCAUAUUGAUCAUUAUGUCAGUUUGCACAAUGCUAAAUGCAGAUAAUUAAUGUCACAUAUUGGCUGAUUCAUAACACUUGCAGAGAUACAAUAUGGAAAUGACUUUGGUACAGUAAAUUCUGGUAGGGUGUGUGAAGUUUUCUGCCCACAUAUGAUUAAUAAAUGUCCUAACAAUUUA